CGUAUUUUAAUUUCUGUUAGAAUUCAGUCACGUUUUUUUUUUCGUGAUGUUUCACUUGCUUUGUAUAUUCUUUGUAUAACUAUAAUUUCGUGACUAUGUGUGAUGUAGUACGGAUAAUUUUACAUCACUCUCAUAGACUCGUGGCGUCUUUACUGGUUAAAUUAGUAUAGAAAUUCGUUAACAUGGCUAUUAAUAUAACGGGCGUGUAGAAAGUGUCUUAAUUUAUGAAACUUGUAAGGGCUCCUAUAGAAUUUUGUGUUGAAGUCAUUUUAUGUUUAGAUACGCUUAUAGCGGCGACAGUACUGUUUAGAAACGAUGGCCAUAAUCCCUGUGUGUUUUGUGAACUAAAUUGUUAGAUAUUCCAAGUACUAAGAAGCGCAAUGAAAAUUGUUCUGCUGGUGGUGUUAUUGUGUCUUACCGAGGCUUUCGCUGCUGGAAUCGUAGAAAGAAGAACAGGUUCACCUUGCUGUCAAGGCGAACAGUCCGAACUGUCAUGUUCAAAGAUUUAUACCCAUCCAGAAAGUUGGAGGUGCACCUGUUCAAGUACCCGUCGAAACCUGACGGAAAUUACAAUCGCACAAGCAGUAAAUCUGGACUUGGCUAAUGUUUUGGUGAAUGACGUGUUAGCUUGCGUGACGCAUGUCGCAACACUCGGAAUUCAAAAUGGCGGUCAAGGCUCCGAACUGAGAAUGCUAAGAAUUACUGGGAAUGUAGGGAUCACUCAUCCACUCAUUCUAAGAUCCUCCGUAGAGUUUCCAGCAUUGAAUUCGUCACUUCAAAUUAUCGCCUUAAAGGGCAUUGGUGUUCAGGCUGUCCAACCGGGAUUCUUUAAUAUGUUUCACGGUAGUUUGGAAACCCUCGAAAUGGACCAGAAUAACAUUACGCGUUUGCGGGAAGACACUUUUCAGUCAAACUUAACCAAUCUCCAGCGACUGUCCUUGGAUGGUAAUCAAAUAUCAGAAAUCAGCAAAUGUACUUUUGUCGGCAUGCCCGAACUGAAAGAACUGAUUUUGAGUCGAAACCGGAUAAAUCUGGUUCAUUCUGAAACAUUUUCCGCACUCAGUCGGUUACGGACUUUGGAUUUAACUGGUAACCAAAUACAAAAGGUUGAUUCGUUUACAUUCGCAGGACUCUACUCUCUGAAUAAGUUACAGUUAGAUUACAACAAUAUCAUUGAUGUAGAUUUCAGCAAAAUUCUCACUUGUAAUCAAACCAGAAUAACGGAAAAUUGCACACAAGAAGUCUUGUGUAAAGUCGAUUCAUGGCCGUUAAAGAAACUGAAGAAACUUAUGCUAUCUAACAACGCAAUAAACUCAACUUCAAGUUUAAAACUUUCCGCUGCGAAGGCGGUUACUGAGCUCGACAUACGUAGCAAUAAGAUAGGCAAUUUUUCGUUCGACCAAUUUACUACUUUGUGCAAGUUAAAACGGUUAAACGUCUCGUAUAACUCCAUCACAGUAAUCGAGGCCAGGUUGAAUGCAAGUGCAGAGAAAUGCAGAAAACUUGAAGUCUCAUUCGCCGGGAAUCGGAUACACAACUUAUCGUUGUCGGAUAUUAGAGGCGAACAAAGAAUCUCUUCACUUGAUUUCAGUAAUAAUUUCCUCACGGAGGCAAACGGUGGAAUGUUCGAAGGACUUUCCAGGUUAUCCAGGCUUGAUCUGAGCGACAACCGCAUUUCCAGUUUCGAUUCGUUUAAACUAGCAGGGCUGGAAACUUUAAACUUGGAGAGCAAUUUACUUGAAACCUUUUCGCCAAUGUGGCUGUUUUCUUUAUUGGGAAACAACAGAGGAAAAAUACGUCUGGGUGAUAACCCUUUAAAGUGCGAUAAAAACCUCGUCGAGCUUUUCGAGCAGGCAUCCUGCAACGAAGUGAGCGACAGAGAGAUGUACAGUGCAUCUUCCGUUGCACAACUCAAUACUUUAUCUCAAGUAUUCGAUGAUAAUGAAACUCUUACUCUUCCUCUGCCGGGUGUUUGCACAGUAAUAGGGCAUGGAAAAUGCAAACCGAGGAUAACUACCUCUAUGAACAAGUGUUUGCUACGAGCGUAUCUGGACCUCGCAUCAGAAAGCAGUGCAGCUCAGAACGUUAAUAUUUUCGAUAAACUGCUUGGUGAAAUAGAGCAAUUAUACAUCUACGCACGUGCCUAUGUCAGGAAGCAAGGGCUGUCGGAGUUAAAAAACGCAAGAAUUCAACUCGUCCAAGCUGUUGAAUCUAUUUCCGAGAGAGUGCGUAUGAAUAUUGGCGGACGGUUAACGGGCAACGUAAACAAAGAUGUUGUUGUUGGUUUGAUGGAGAUUAGUCGUCGAAGAACUCGUUUACCUCCAACUGAACUAGGUUUUCACAUCGAUAAUUCUGGAACUGGAAACUUUCUUUCAGACCAUGGAGCUUCUCCGAUUGAUCAGCGAACGACAAGAACCGGUGUGACAACUGAAUAUUGUAAAAAUCCUGAUGUUUCGUUUCCAAAGCUGGCCGAUUAUUCCGAAAUGAAUAUUGCGCUUCCGCUUGCAGUUUACGAACGAAUACGCACCCACAUACAGAGAGUCAGUUUCGUCGUAUAUAAAGACAAGUUCUUAUUCCCUUCUAACGCGACUGUAAUGUCAUCCGUAAUAUCGGCGGAGUUGCCACAGGUUAAUACACAGGGACUAAGCAGCCCUAUAGUCAUCACUGCGAACGUCAAACUACCAGAUAACUCAUCUUUGAACCUUAUAAAAUGUAGUUUUUGGAACUUUACAACUUUAAGUUGGAGAAGCGAGGGUUGUGAAGUGGCAAAUAUCAGUUCCAGUGUCGACGAACGUGGUUACUCAACAAUAACUUGUCACUGCAAUCAUCUCACGAACUUUGCCGUGCUGUUGAAUCAUGACACGAGAGAAAACCCGACGGUAGAAGACAAUGAAAUAACAGAGUUGAUUUCAUAUGCAGGAAUAAUAGCUUCGAUUAUUGGCCUUUCCAUCACAAUCAUAUUCAGGUUGAGUCGUCGAGAAUUUCGAAGAGGUGUUCCUCAAAUAAUCUUGUUGCAUUUGUGCUUCUGUCUACUCAUCGUUUACAUUAUGAUGUUAAUAUACGAUAAGAGCUUUGUAGUACAGCACAUGGGCUCUUGCUUUCUCGUUGGAUUCUUGAUGCACUAUUUCCUUUUGUCUUCUUGGGGCUGGUGUCUCACUGAGGGAGUUUCAAUGUACCUGCUACUGGUGCAAGUAUACAACGUGAAUUUAAGACGAUUUCUUACAAAAGCAACGAUAUGCUGCUACGGUGCUGCCAGCCUGCUUGUGUGUGGUAGUUUAAUAUUAUCCGGAAGCUCUGCUGAUGUGGCUGAACAUCCUGGGUAUAUUGUACUGGACGCGUACAGGUAUGGUGACGCAUGCGUGGUGACGUAUCCCAACAGUUUAUAUUUUGUUAUCAUUCCAAUCGCCGUGGCUUGCUCCUUGAAUUUGGUUUGCUUCGUCUUUGUAAUCAAAGGACUCCGACAAACUGCGGCCUCGGAUGGUAUGGGUGGAACCAAAAAGAAAAACAUGGUGAAGCACCGUCUUCGUCAAGCUGUAUGCGUAACAACGUUACUAGGAGUAACGUGGUGCAUUGGGUUCGUAAAAGUAGCUUUACAAAGCAGUUUCGGGACCACCAGCGACGUAGUGUGGGCGUUCGAAAUUUUAUUUUCGGCCGUAAAUUCCGUCCAAGGUUUUGUGAUAUUUCUGAUGUUCUGCGCGGCUAAUUUGUGGUCGGAAUUUAGAUGCACGACCGGACCCGACAAAAAGCGAGGUAGACUCUACAGCCAGACCAGCAAACUCGGUUCGACGAGCAACGAGAAAGUAGCAGCUGUGACUGCAACGACUCACCAGUCUUCAACCGCAUAGCAUAUAAGCAAUGGUAUCUUCACUGUGGUGCAUAUUACGACGUUUCGCAUAAGAAAGAAUAACCGGUGCAAAAAUAACCUUUUCAACAUAAAAGCGGGAGUAGAACCCGUUAUAUAAUAUAUCCGCACGCGUAUAGAGCUUUAUUUUGAACUAAUUUACAGCUUUGAAAAUUGUAUUACUUGUUUUGUUGCAUUGUACAAAUUGAAAUAUAAACAACCGCAUUCAAAUAA